AUGGCAUACCCUCUCCUAAAAGACUUUGACCCGACCGAGCAUACAUUACCAGGAAUAUUGGAUCAUUAUGCUCAUCUUCGACCAGAUGCUGUCUUCGCAGAGUAUCCCCUAUCCCGAUCAACGUAUAGCCAGGGAUACCGCAAGAUAACCUACCAUGAUCUGGCUAAUGCUGUCAAUGGAGUUGCCAGAUGGCUGAUCCAGAACCUCGGAUUGGGCAACGGGUCGAUGAAACUAGCCUACAUCGGACCGAAUGAUAUGCGAUAUGGUGUGCUGACACUGGCAUCCAUUAAAGCUGGAUAUUCGUGCAAGGUUAUCAUUUGCCCUACACCACGCCCCACACAUACUGUCAAAAUUCUAGAGGGAGACGAAAUGUACGUGCUGGACGUACCAACAACACAAGAGCUACUCGACACAGCUUAUCCACCCCUUCCAUACUCAAGGUCUCUCGGAGAAGUUUUGUCCGAACCCCUGUUGACCAUCCAUACCUCCGGCUCAACAAGAUUACCCAGACCUAUGACAUUCACGCAUGAUACGGCAAAGAAGGGAAUGAAGAUGCAUUCCUUGGAUGCCCCUGAGGGAUACGAAAGUCUGAAUAAGAUUUACUAUGGGAAGCGAGUGUUUCUAGUUCUUCCUCCUUUUCAUGGUGCGUGCUUGGCUAGCCUACUUCUAAAUGCCCUACCAUUCAGCACUGUCAUGGUUGCUCCACCUUCAGCAGCGGUCCCAUCAGCCUCGGGGUUGGUGGAGGGUAUAAAGCAAAGCAAGGCUAAGGUAGCCAUCGUUCCUCCAUCGAUUCUGGAAGAGCUGGUACAGGAGCCUGAUCUGCUAGAAUACUGUGCCCUAAGCUUAGAUUGUAUUAUCUACUGUGGAGGAGACCUCCCACAACAAGUAGGCGACGUGGUCGCAGUCAAGAUCCCCUUGUACAACCAAUACGGUUCGACGGAACUAGGCCUUGUAUCCAUGAUUUUGUCCAAUUCUUACCGCAAACGAGAGGAUUGGAAGUAUCUUGAAUUUCAUCCAGAUAUGGGCUUACAGUUUCGAUCCACAAUGAAUAAUCAGUAUGAACUCUGCAUGGUUCGUCAGAAACUCGUGGAAACACAGCAGAUUGUCUUUACAUACCCUGAUUUCACAGACACAAACGAAUAUGCAACAGGAGAUCUUUUUGAGCGCCAUCCAUCACCCGAGAAGUCGAGAUUGUGGACCUGGAGUGGCCGGCGAGAUGACAUUAUCGUCCUUACCAAUGGUGAGAAGAUGAACCCGGUCGGCAUGGAGCACUGCAUUAUAUCUCGCAGCAGAGUGAUUACGGGAGCUCUAGUUACAGGGUCACAGCAUUUCCAGCCGAUACUAUUGGUGGAGAAAAAGGAUGAUGUAGGUGAGUCAGAAUCUAAGGAUCGUGACGCAUUGUUGGAAGCUAUAUGGCCCAUCAUCCAAGAAGCGAAUCAAACCGUUCCCGCAUACGCACGCAUUGAGAAGACCCAUAUCUUGUUUACUCGAUCUGAAAAACCAAUGAAGCGUUCUGCAAAAGGAGCCAUUCAACGCGCAGCGACGGUUGCAUUAUACCAGCAGGAACUCGAAGCACUUCAUGCAUCGAUUGCACUUGAUACCUCUGUUGAAGAUGGGGAAUGCAUUCUUAAUUCAGGCCAGAUGUCACGCCCCGAAGCAGUGGCCGAUUUUAUCAAAAACGCCAUCAGAGACGUUACAUGGUGGGACCACUUAGACGAGAGCGAAGAUCUCUAUGUUCGAGGAAUGGACUCCCAACAAACUUUAAGCGCAGUACGAAUCCUCAGAAGAGGCUUUCCUGGCACGGGCGUUUCUCCGGCCAUGUUGUAUACAAACCCAUCUGUUGCAGCUCUAACAAGGGUCUUGAUUGAUAAGAGCUGUAAUAACGGCAAGGGCAACCAACAGUCUACGAUCAGUAGAAGACUCGCAGAAAGAUACCUUGCUCUAGAGAUGUAUCAAGAAAUGAUCGACCGAAUUCCGCGGGCGGGGCCUUCGCAACGGCUGCGCGAGGGGCAUUAUGUUCUAAUCACCGAUAGUAUGACCGGGGUAGGACCAUACAUUCUCGAUACGCUCCUCAAACAUUCCUCGGUCAAGCAUAUUUACUGUGUUACGAAUGUGGAGGAUGGUCGCGCAGAACAGCUAUAUGCUAAUCGAUGUCGACACCUUAAUAUUAAUCUGGAUCCGCAAAAUGUGACUUUUUUGAAGGUAGAUCUGUCCCAGAAGGAGCUCGCUCUAACGCCCGGUGGUUAUGGGAAUCUCCGAGGAAGCGUCACUAUGAUUAUUCACACUGCAUGGGCCAAUAACCUCGUUUGGUCCUUCUCCUCAUUCGAACCGCAUCUAAGAGGCCUAGUGAAUCUCCUUGAAUUCUGUACAGUUGCCAGAAACCGCCCAAAGCUAUUUUGGGUGUCUUCUAUGGCCGGGCCUCUCAAAAUACAUGGCGACUGUGCAACCGUUCCCGAGCAAACUGUGCAAAUGAACCGUCCUAGCAUCAACAGCUACGGUGAAAGCAGAUACGUUGGGGAACAAAUCCUUCAAUAUGCACAUGACCGUCUUGGACUGCAGAUCGCUAUUGCUCGCCUUACUUACGUUCCAGGCACAAUCGAAAGCCCAUCUGUAUGGAGCGAGAACGACUGGUUAUCAGGCCUGAUUGCCGCUUCGUUGCAGAUGGGCACACUGCCGGAUUCUCUGGGACAACGAUGCAGUCACGUCGACUGGAUCCCCAUGGACCUACUAUCACACGUUCUCGUCGACCUUCUAAUCGAGGAUACUCCUAAAAAUGAUAUGGAAGCAGGUCAAGUGGGUGGUAUUACCACCCCUUCACUUCACGUAUUUCACCCCGUAAACCUUCACCCCAUCGACUGGCGCGCCGUUCACGAUGUCAUCAUCGACGAGACACAGCACAUUACUACACGGAGACUCAAAUCUGUCACAUUUCAGCAAUGGAUACAGCGGAUCCAAAAUGAACAUGACGCUCAAAUCUCCAGUCCGGAUAACGUACACAACCGAAACUUGGAUGGAGAGGCUGAAGCUCCAGACCCGCCAUCUUGGACGCAAAAGCUAUCAGGUGUACAUUUAGCCAUGCGUAUGUUGGAGUUCUAUCGAAAGGUAUUCGCCACUGAUGCAGUCUAUGGCUUACCGGCGACAGAAAAAACCGCCAAGUCCAGUGCUAUUCUCAGAAGCAUUCCAGCGGUUCAAGAAGAGUGGAUCCGGAAGUGGGUGCGCGAAUGGGUGGAAGCUUUUUCCUAG